UUUUCUUUCAUUUACACCCCCUCAAAUCUCUCUCUCUCUCUCAUUUAACUCUCUAUCUCCAAAAGUCAGCGCCUUGUUUUGUCUCUUCUCUUUUUCCAAUACCGCCCCACGCUAGCAAUGGAUGAUGAUUGGGAUCUUCAGGCGGUGGUGAGAGGCUGCUGCAACACCUCCACCUCUUCUGCCACCUCCUCCACCGUCACAACUACCACCUCCGGCGGCUCCCUGCUCUUCAGCAGCUUCAAACCACAAGAAGAUGUGAACUUUUCUUCCUUUCAAGAUCUGUUUGAGCCAAGAAAACAGAGCUUUUUCGACGAUUUACAGGAUCUCUACAAACCUUUUGUUCCACAAAGUACAACGAUUUCACCACUCUCUGUUCUCGAAGGAUUACAAGAUCUGCCACAGCAAACACAAAUUCAGCCUAAACAAUCUCUUGUUGCAGUCAAAAGCAGUACUUCACAUACUCCAAGCCCAAGAUCCAAAAGGAGGAAGAAUCAUAUGAAGCGGGUUUGUGAUGUACCUGCAGACAGCUUAUCUAAUGAUAUGUGGUCUUGGAGAAAAUAUGGGCAAAAACCCAUUAAAGGGUCUCCCUAUCCAAGAGGAUAUUAUAAAUGCAGCACUUCAAAGGGGUGUAUGGCCCGGAAACAAGUGGAGCGGAAUAGAUCCGACCCGGGGAUGUUUAUUGUUACUUACACGGCGGAGCACAACCACCCUAUGCCUACUCACCGGAAUUCUCUCGCCGGAAGCACCCGCCAGAAGCCGGCGACCACCCCAAGUGCUGAAGCUGACAAACCCACUUGCUCAACGCCAGUGUCGCCGGUGGAGAGCCCCUCGACGGCGCUAGAGAAGGUGGAGAGCAGCAGGGAGGACAGAGAGGACCACGUUGAUGGUGAAGAUGAUGAAUUUAGUGUCUCAAAAAUGGAAUUGGAUGAUGAUUUCUUUGUUGGUUUGGAGGAAUUCACCGGUCCGGAUGCCGAAGAUUUGCUUCCCGAUCAAUUACCGGCGACUAUGCAAUUUCCUUGGCAUGCCAGUAAUGCAACAACCACCGCCGCCGGCAGUAGUUGACUUUCCUAAUAGUGAUGCACCUAUCGAAUUCCAUUGAAUGAUGCUUCUCUUGUCUCUCACCUUUCGUUCAAAUUUUAUUUUAUUUCAAAUUGAUCGUUGAACAUAAAAUUUUUGUUCCAUGUGAAAUUAAAUUGGUCGUUACAUUUUUUAUUUUUCUGUAGUCAAUCUGUUAUGUCACUAUGGUCAACUCAAAAUAAAUCGAUGAUCAACUUGACACAAAACAAAGUUCGCGACCAAGUAAAUUUUCGGAAGAUUUGAAUCCUUUUGUAGUUGGUAGGGAAUCUUAGAAUCACGAUGUUUUUGUACCUUGAAGCUAUAAAUCUCAAUCAUAGGGAACCUUGUAGAGGAAAAAAGAGUUCGAUUCCAUGAUUGUUAGCUCUAUUGUACUAUGAAGAGACAUAAAUGGUUAUUGUGAAUCAUAAACAUUUCAAAUACAAUCAAUUGCUUAACACC